AUGACUGUUGCGGCAUACUAUACGAAGAUAAAAGGAUUAUGGGAUGAACUGGGUUCUUAUAAUGACACCGUUUGCUCUUGUGGGGCAGAUCAUAAGCGACGCCAAUUGAUGCAAUUUCUCAUGGGCCUAAAUGAGCCUUAUAAAGCAAUCCGAGGGCAAAUCUUAUUGAUGAAUCCGUUACCUGAUGUUCGCCAGGCCUACUCUUCCAUUGUUCAAGAAGAAAAACAGCGCAGCUUAGGUGAUGCACGUGAGACCACUGAGACUGCAGCCAUGGCCGUUCGAAGAGAUGAACCCGUAGCUCUAGCAGUUCGACCAGGACAAGGUUCUUCUUCUCGUUCCAACUCCUCUAACCGCAAGCCGUUGCAUUGCUCCUACUGUGAUAAGGAUCAUCAUGUACGAGACACAUGUUGGAAGUUGCACGGGUAUCCACCAGGGCAUCCGAAACAUAAAUCAAACCGGUCCAAUCACGGAGGCAAUCGUUCUCAGUUCGACAGUUCCGACAAUUCUGCUCAGUCUUCAAUCAAUCAUGUCAAGGAAGGUCCAACAAUGCAGGAGAUGCAGUCGGUGAUGAAUGGACUCUCUGAUCUACAAUAUCAACAGAUAUUAUCUAUUAUGAACAAUAAAGGGGGAAAUCAAUCCUCCAAUCCUAAGGCCAAUGUUGCUGGUACUUCUUCAAGUUUGUCACAAGCACCGUUGCACCUCCAUCGAUUAAUCCUCGAUAGUGGUGCAACUGAUCAUAUUACUUCUUCUCCAAAUUUGCUUGUCAACUGUCGUCAGAACACUGACUUAACGACGAAGACGACGAUUGGUUUGGGUAAACAACGAGGCAGACUUUAUUACUUGGUCGCAUUGGCGUCAACAACACCGAGCCCUAAAUUCAGAUCCUCCGCUGCCUUUGCUAGCCAUCCAUCUUGUUCUCAUGUUACCUCCUCCACCGACUUGUGGCAUCGCCGCUUAGGGCAUCUAUCUUCCUCUAGAUUAGAUUUUAUGGCAAAAAAUUUGCUCAAUUUCCCUUUCAAAUCCAAUAAUGCUUGUGAUACUCCUUUUGAACGCCUUUAUGGCAAGGCUCCUUCCUAUUCCCAUCUUAAGGUUUUCGGGUGUCUUGCAUAUGCUACUGAUGUCCAUGUCCCUCAUAAAUUCGCUCCUAGAGCCAAAUGUUGUGUUUUCCUUGGUUACCCGGUUGGUCAAAAAGCUUACAAGCUCUAUGACCUUACCACUCAUAAAUUUUUCACCAGUCGUGACAUUGUUUUUCAUGAAAACAUUUUUCCCUAUGCGUCCCCUCAAUCCAUUCCAACACCUCCAGCCCCCGUCAUUCCUCAUUUUAUGUCUGACCUUCCUAUUUCAGACUCAUUCCCCACAACCUCCACAGCACCAUUAGAACCGGUCCAUCCCGUCACCCCAUUUGACAUGGCCCAGCCAGAUUCUCCUUUUGCGUCUCUGGAUCCAGCCACUUCCACCUAUGAUCAGCCCAUUCCUGCCAGCGUCGUUCAGCCCCCUUCCAUACCGGUUUUACGAUGUUCUCAACGACAUCACAGCCCUCCCCGUGCUUUACGUGAUUACGUUUGCAACCAAGUGACGUCUCCCAAACCGUCGCUGCCUUCGUCGUUUGGUUCCACCAAAGAAGCUGCUUCCCAUUCACACUGGAAGGACGCGAUGCAAUUUGAAUUGGCAGCUUUAAAAGCCAACCACACUUGGUCUCUCACUCCCCUCCCUCAUGGCAAGAAACCCAUUGGAUGCCGUUGGGUUUAUAAAAUCAAACGCCACUCAGAUGGCAUCAUAGAGCGUUAUAAAGCUCAUUUGGUGGCCAAGGGUUAUACACAGUUGGAAGGUAUCGAUUAUCAUGACACUUUUUCUCCCAUUACUAAAAUGAUUACUGUUCGUUGUUUAUUGGCUAUGGCAGCUGCUCAGGAUUGGUCCCUUCACCAAUUAGAUGUCAACAACGCUUUCCUUCAUGGUGAUCUCCAUGAAGAAAUUUAUAUGUCCCCACCUCCUGGUCUUCAGUGA